GCUGGCUCCUGUCUCUGGGGACUCUCGAAUGAUUCUGGCUUAUCAUGUCACUGAGCAGAGCUGGGGGAAGCCAAAACUCGGAAUCUGCUGGCAAGGAAAAGAACGAAGAAAAAAAAAUGGCAGGGAGGGGCAAUCCGGCAGGGGAGGAAAUAAAAAGAAAGAGAGGGAAAGACAAGCGUCAUUUAGGAAGAGGUAGAAUAAAAGCAAGAGCUCCAGGAUCUAAAACCCUCCGUUCAGUAUCCUAUUUUAUAUCUUUUCUUUUCCCCAGAGGAGAUCCCUGCCUUGUCAUUUUGGUGACAGACCUGCUAUUACAGGCUCUCUUCCCAGAAGUUACAGAAGAAGCGCUUCUCUUCAGUCCCUUCCAAGUUCACUGGUCUCCCUGGUAAUGGAUUACUUCUCUCUGAGCUUCCACUCUGGUGAGACUGCCCAGGACUAGUCCGUGAACCCAGCUAGGAAACUCCAUUGUAAAAAUGGCGGACGAGCCCAUAAAGGAAAUCCUGGGAACCCCGAAGUCUCCCAAGCCAGCGACAAUGGAAAAGAGCCCCAAGAGUGAAGUCGUGGUCACUAUGGUUCCCCUGGUCAGCGAGAUUCAGCUGACGGCUGCCACGGGGGGUACCGAGCUCUCCUGCUACCGCUGCAUCAUCCCCUUCGCCGUGGUGGUCCUUAUCGCGGGUGUGGUGGUCACCGCCGUGGCUUACAGCUUCAAUUCUCAUGGCUCCAUCAUCUCCAUCUUAGGCCUGGUCCUUCUCUCCUCGGGACUGUUUCUCUUAGCCUCCAGCGCCUUAUGCUGGAAGGUGAAACAGAGGAGCAAGAAAGCCAAAAGGCGGGAGAGUCAGACGGUUCUCGUGGCAAAUCAGAGAAGCCUAUUUGCUUAGGACUGAAGGAGACCAAAUGCGAUGCACGGCCUGAGGACCUGCUCUCACUUCAUCAGCCCAGCCUAGUGCGGGAGAGGACUGACUUGGCAUUGCUAUAGACUGACCGUGGAGGGCGGACGGAACUCAUCUGUGAGCAAAGACAUGUGUCUUCUUUUAUGACAAACUUAACUCUAAGGGCUAUUUCUAAGACUGAAUAAUCAGCUUUUUCUCCAUAUUAAAUAUUUUAGGGGUCAUGGGAGGUGGGGGGCAUUCAAAAACAUUUGCUUUACCUUCAAAAGGAGACAAGAGAAGAUGAGUUUGGGGACACCAGCAACCUGGCUGCAAAAGAGAUAUCCCAUGCUUUUAGGAAGUUGUAUCAUAAAAAUGUUCUGCUGGGAGUCUAAACUGCCUUGAACUUUGCAUACUCUUGUGAAAUUCUGUGAUAAUUUUUUUUUUCUGAAAAGUUGAUUCUCUGACGUCUAUUUCCCACUUUCAGUAACUCAUCACCGGUGGUACUUUUCUUGAAGAAUAAACUAAUAUUUUGUAUGUUUUAACAUUGGAUAGUUUUUAGAUGAUAGUAAUUAUAUGUCAGAACUUUUUUAAUAAAAGGUGAAAAGUGUGGCUACUAGAUGACAUGGGGGAUAAAUUAAUAUUAAAAUAAUCUAAUAUAGCACUUUUGAUGAUUUUUGUAUUGAAGUUUAAAUGUACAGUUCAUUCAAAAUAAUAAAUACUUAUUGCUGCUGAAAUGUCUUAAA